AGCUGUUUCUGCUGUUGUCUUGCAGAGUGGCCCGCCGGGUCCCCCUGGCCCAGGAAUGCCCCCCGGAGGCAGAGGCCGUGGCCGAGGGCAGGGUAACUGGGGGCCUCCUGGAGGAGAGAUGACCUUCUCGAUCCCUACUCACAAGUGUGGGCUGGUCAUUGGCAGAGGCGGGGAGAACGUCAAAGCCAUAAACCAGCAGACGGGGGCGUUCGUCGAGAUCUCCCGGCAGCUGCCUCCCAACGGAGACCCCAACUUCAAACUGUUCAUCAUCCGCGGCUCCCCGCAGCAGAUCGACCACGCCAAGCAACUCAUCGAGGAGAAGAUCGAGGGCCCCCUCUGCCCAGUUGGACCUGGGCCUGGGCCUGGAGGGCCCCCGGGCCCUGCUGGCCCAAUGGGCCCUUUCAACCCAGGACCUUUCAAUCCAGGGCCACCAGGAGCUCCCCCUCACCCUGGGGCUCCUCCCCCCCACCCAUACCCACCCCAAGGCUGGGGGAACACCUACCCACAGUGGCAGCCUCCGGCCCCUCAUGACCCAAGCAAAGCAGCAGCGGCAGCAGAUCCCAACGCGGCCUGGGCAGCGUACUACUCGCACUACUACCAGCAGCCACCUGGCCCUGUGCCCGGGCAGCCACCAGCUCCCACAGCGCCCCCCGUUCAGGGCGAGCCGCCGCAGCCGCCCCCGGCCGGGCAGUCCGACUACACUAAAGCGUGGGAGGAGUAUUACAAAAAACUAGGCCAGCAGCCCCAACAGCCCGGGGCACCCCCACAGCAGGACUACACGAAAGCCUGGGAGGAAUAUUAUAAGAAACAAGCAGCUCAAGUGGCUACUGGUGGAGGACCAGGGGCACCACCGGGACCUCAGCCAGACUACAGCGCAGCCUGGGCAGAGUACUACAGACAGCAGGCUGCCUACUACGGACAGACACCGGGGGCUGGGGGCCCAGUGCCGCCACCCACACAGCAGGGACAGCAGGUGAGUGAUCGGCCAUGUGCCCCGCUGCCUGCCUUCAACCCCCAGCUGUAGCUCCUCCUGCCUGGGUGAGACCCUCGGUCCCACAGGAAGUGCUUCCUGAGCGGCAUCUUUGUGCUCGUGCACCGGCUCCCACAUCGGUCGUCGACGGGGAUUCAACCCAGGACACCUCGACUUACAAGCAUGAGCGUCUACUGCUUGAGCUAAAGGACCCAGUCCAUUAGCUGGAGGCAGUAGUAGGCUCGUAAACCUCUUCUAUGGAUCCGCCACUAGGUGGCAACACAGACCCACGCUCUUCAUGUGGAUUUACGUUGACCCAUAGACACCUGGGGGGGUGGUCGGAGGAGAUGGGAGCUCAGGGAAAUGGACAGAACUGGUAAGAUUCUCCACUUUCCACUGGGCUCUUAGCUCCGGCUCACAGGUCCAUUUUCAGGGGCUAGGACUUCUUCGUAGGGUUAGGGGUUGUCUUAUCCAUUGGGGGAUGUGGGAGGGAUCACUGUUAGCCCUGGUAGUUCAGGGAGAUCGGGCUGCAGAGCUGUCGGAAUACAGCGAGCGUCAAACCAGGGGAACUCGUUCAAAGAGAACCUGGGUGCAGAUUCCUACGUUUCUGACCAGCUUCUCCUCUCGAAGGUGAGCGCACGCUCGGCAGCGCUGGACUGAAAGCGGCUGUUCUCUGACCCAGGGAGCUAGAUUAGCUCCCGCUCAGCCUCUAGCCUGUCCUGCUGCAGCUCUGAGUCUCGGGCCUAGCGCCAGGCUGAGCAGUUACAUUCUAGGGCCGCGGUCUUCAGAAGCAGAAGCCUAAAAAUCCGGUUUCAGCCACUUUUAGGCACCUGACUAAGUGACUUUUCCAGCAGCGCCAGGUGACUUCACUUGGUCUUGCUAGGGGCUCCGUGCCACUUACUUAGCUGCCUAAAUAUGCCGAAUUUCAAGCAGCCCCCUUUAGAAAUGCUUCCCCAGGCCAAGACUUUCAUCGGAUCUUCAGGACUGACCAAAGCUGCUGCUUCCGAAACCUAGAUUCUCUUCCAGACUUGACCUGCCAAUUUCCCCUUUUGAAACACUCUGCUUCCGUGGUGGGAUUUCCUAGUGUGCAGGGGAGUUGGGAGCCGAGGGCCAGUUUGCCCUCCACUCCCCAACUUGGCAGCGCAGUGCCAGUGCCGUUGCAGCAGAGGGGACCCUGUGUUGCUUUCGGACUCUUCCGUCCGUAGCGGUGUCUAUCAGGGGUAACUGACUCCUGUCUCUCUCCCCGAUCCUUGCAGGCUCAGUGAAUUGAAUGUGAACUUCCCACCCGUGAAACCCUUUUUGUUUUUGGAAAGAGAGAUGGCCGCUGUUGGGGAAGGGAGCCGGCCCCUGGGUCUGAUUGCUGGGUUUCUUAGCGGAACCUCGGCUGCUCCUCCUUCGAGUCUCUUUAAAAUAAAAAUAAAAUAAAAAAAAUAAAAAUAAAAAUAUCUGAAUCCUUCAUGUUGAGCCAGCUGUAGAAGAUAGCGAACUAAAACUGCUGCAAGAACUCAGCCCUCCUGAAACACACGUCGAUUUCAGGGUAACAUGUUUUUUCUUUUCGUUUUGUUUUUAAAAAAAAUAAAUAAAAAAACUUUACAAGGAGAAAAAAAAUCACUCUGCUUUUUAGUUAGAGUUGGAACAUUCCUCGAAUAAGGUGUCGGUGUUUCAGAUAAAACAACCCCUUUCCCCCUCCCAUUUUCCCACAAUUGGGACUGGUCUGUCAUGUAUUUUGUCUGUUCAAGAGGAAACUGAAACAAACAAAAUUGUACGCUCAGUUUUUACUUUUUACCGCUUGUUUUUAACUUCACAAAUAAAUGAUAACAAAACCUG